CCCCAUGUCGAACUCUAAUCAUAACUGAAGUUUAUCCAUAUAAUUUGAAUAUUAUCAUUCGGGCACCUCACAGCAGCGCCCAUCAACAAUCUGCUCUGAAAGUUAUUUGUGGAAGUUGGCGUGAAAUGUGACUUUGAAUGGAAACUCCCUCUUUUUGGUUUUGAGUUUUGCACAUUUUACGAGUUUGCAGACAGAUGAGCAACGCCUGUUAAAACAGGAACUUUUCAUCAGAGUUGGAUUCAAGAUACGUCGAGAAUGCGGGACCGGACCAAAGAAUUGGGCAAUACCUCUGAUGCCUCAGACGAAGAUGAAACCACAGCUCUCAUGAUAAAGCCUGGAUCUGAGAGCUCAGCAAAUGAAGACAAAGAAAAUGAGGCUUUCUUCAAAAAGGUUCAGGAUAUUCGAGAGGGGCUCGAAACUAUUAAGAAGAAGGUAUCUGAAUUGGAAAACAAACAGAAAACAGUGUUAGGAGUCCCACUUCCAGAGGACAGUAUGAAAAAGGAACUUCAGUCCCUCAGAGAAGAAAUCAAAGUCAUGGCCAGCCAGAUCCAAAGGAAGUUAAAAAGCAUCGAACCUAAGAAAGCUGAAGGUGAAGACAAAUAUAUUCCAAUAAACGUAAGAAUGCGGAGAACCCAGCAUGGUGUUUUGUCCCGUGAAUUUCUGGAAUUGAUGGGUCACUGUAAUACAAUUCAAGCCCAAUACAGAGACAGAAAUGUGGAGAGGAUACAAAGACAACUCAAAAUAACCGGUAACAAUGUGACAGAUGAGGAGCUGGAAUCAAUGCUUGAGAGUGGACAAACCGAUGUUUUCACACAAAAUAUUUUGAAUGAUGCUAAAGCUACCAGGCAGGCUCUGAAUGAGAUCGAGUCGAGACAUGAUGAGAUCAUCAAAUUGGAGAGAAGCAUCAAAGAACUACAUGAUAUGUUUCAGUACCUUGCAAUGGAAGUGGAAGCACAGGGUGAGAUGGUGGACCGCAUUGAGGAGAACAUUAAGCGUUCCCAUAACUAUGUGGAAAAGGCUGUUGCGGAAACAGCCGCUGCUGUAGAAACUUCAAAAAAAGUGCGCAAGAAAAAAAUAUGGAUUGCAAUAUGCCUUGCUAUUUUGCUUGUAGUAUUGGCCAUUAUCCUGGCAACUACUUUGAGCUGAGUGUUUUCCUUUUAAUAGACUUUUUUUUCCCACCAAGUCUGUUUUGCAAACAACAUGACCAUGUAUACACAUAAUUGGUAACCCAACUCUAGCUAAACAUGCUUAAAUUUUAAAGAGUUUAUUUGUUGUUUUAGCUGCUUUGACCUAUAAAGGACUUGAUUUAGACUUCCUGAAAAUGUGUCAGUGGCCCUACUUGGACAUAUAAAAAGUUACAUGGUAAUUACAGUUUGAAUUGACUGUAUAGACUGAAUUUUCAAGAUGGUGGACUUAAUUUGCAGAAACCAACAUUUAAACAUGGUCAUAUAGGGUAGAUUAAGAAAAAAUGCUAAUGAGAUUCCUAAUAUAUAACACUUUCAUUUGGAGACAAGCUCAAGAACUCUGAGUGAUGGGCUAUUUCUCUUUGCCCUACUAUGUUUAUAAGAUGUCUUUUGUGUUAUCUGUUGUGAUUUAUCCUUUGUAAUGUCAUUUCAACCUGAAAUUUGCUGAAAAUAGCAUUUAAGGUCAUCUGUGUGUGUGUAUGUAUAUAUAUAUAUUAAAUACUAAUUUUAUACUCUGCUCUGCAUUACAGUAACUACCUUUCAAAAUAUUUCUUCUCUUGCUCUCACAAUGACAUGUUGCAUACAUAUGUAUAUUUUAACACAUUUGUGCUCUGUCCCACUUAAGAAUGCAACUUUUAAGAAAUGAAUAUGUACAGUUACUUGUUUAGUGCCUCAGCCUUGAUGCCUUUUCUUGAGCAAUUACUUGGAGAGUGCCCACUGUGGCACUGUAAAUGUCAAGAUCACCAAGAGUGCUUAUUUGGUCUCACUGUGCAGCCUCUGUGAAUACUGCCACACAUUUCAUUCAUUCUGGUGUAAAAUUGUAAUUUUUAAUAAAAAAUACAUAUAUA